AUGAACACCGCCAGUAUAUUCUGGGGCUUUUCUCUGGGCGUCGCGGUGUUUUCGGUUGCCAAAGCAUCGGAGCAGAGCUGGAGGGCAUGGAAGAGUCGGCGACGUGUCACCUCUUAUGUCGCUAUGGUCUGGGCGGUUUGGUUCUGCUAUCUCCUAAAAUUGCAAAUUGAAAUGAAAAUGGCCGAACUCAUCACCAAGAUUGUCCGGUCAUCAGGCGCAACAGGCAAAGACAACUCCCACCAGUCCAGUGCCCACCAUGCAAGAAGCAUGGCAACGAAUACCAUAACCAAGCCGUCGGCCACCCAUUCCCAUCCAGGUGUCCAUGGAACGAUUCCCGGAAACAACACAACCCAUAUCGAGGCUGGUGACCGCGAUAGCUCUAUGGAGAUUGAAAUUCAAGAGCGCAUGAGUAUGAGUCAAAGUGGGAUCGUGAGAACAGUUGAGACGGCGGUUACGACUUCACCUGCUCAGAUUCACGAUUAUCAUCGUUCAGAUAGCAUAACGAGCUCAACGGCAGGAUUGGCCUUUUAG